CGACUGCAUUGAUAAUCAUUUAGUACUUACUGUAGUCUGUAAGUUACAGUCUGUAACAUGUGCAUGUAUUGUUACACAAGCUACAUCUGAAAUACCAGUAAGUAAGUACUAAACUUUUAAUAAUAAGAUCACGUCGUAUGUAUCAUAAUAAUAUAUUAUAUUGGUUCAUGAUUGCCAUAUAAUUAUUUGUAAUUUUAGAUUCGGAGCAUAUUAAGGAAUCUAUUGAUUUUAUAAUGAUGUGUUCUUUUCAUUAUUUUUUUUUGUUUGUAAGUAACUUUUCGAAAAUAAAUCUUGCUCCUAUGUAUAGAAUGUAACACCUUUUCUGAAAAAUAUGUUUGUUUAGUUGGUGCAUUAAACAAGUCAUUUUUUGAUUUUCCAGAGGGUUUUAAAAAUAAUUGGGAAAAAUCUGAAAGAAAAUUAUAUGUAAAACGGAAAAUAUUUACAGCAUAUGGCCCGGCGUUACUAUUUUCAUUGUUUUUAACUUUUGUUCACGAUGUUUUACUCCACUAAAAAAACAACAAGUGAACUUUUUUUGUUUUAUUUUUAAACUAGUUGGUGAGUAAGAAAAUCGUCUUUUAUUUUUCUUUGUAUUUUUGAAAUAAUUGAGCAAACCCGAAAAAUACGUAGUUUAUUUUUUUUUUUCAUUUAAUUUAGUUAAACAUAUUCGUAGGGACUUGAAAUUUUAUCAGAAAGAUUAUAUUUGCUUUUUUUAGACGUGGUACAAUUUAACCAUUUUUGAGCUAUUUAUGGAUAUUUUAAUUUUACGAGUUUUUACGUAAUUUGUAUUUGUCUGUACUCUAUGGAUAAAAUUGUUAUAAUUAACCGAAAUGCUUGAAAAUUGUACAGGAGGUUUAUUAUAAGUUGAUAGUGAUACUUUGUCAACAAUAUAAAUGUCAUAUUAUGGUAAAAUACCUAAUUAAAUAUAGGUAUAAUGUAUUUUCUUUACAAUAUUUUGUACAAUAUUUGUUUAAUAUUGUACUAAUUUUCCCGUUUUUUCUGCGUUUUCCCAUAUUUUUGCUCGCUUUUACACAUUUGCUGGGAAAACUCUUGAAAAAAUCGAAAAAUGAUCUCCUAAAGUACCUCCCAAGUCAGAUUUACUUUUAAAAAAGUGAUAUCAUUGUAAAUUGGAGCAAAAUCACUGGUAUAAGAGUUGUUCACAAAAAAAAAAAAAGGGCCAUAAUGUUUUUUUACCAAUACCUAUAUUUCGUACAUUUUCCGUUUUUCCGACAUUUUUUCGCAGUUUUUCCUAGAUAUUAUGGAAGCCGCUUGAAAAAUCAAAAAAUAAUCUCCCUAAAUUACCAUGGGGAUAAAAUUUCCUUUCAAAAAAUAAGCUACACUUGAUACAUUGGAGCAAGAUUUCUGGUAGAAAAGUUUGCACAACAAAUCGAGAGGUAUUUUGCAAUUAAAAUAGUUCGAAGGAUCAAUGACUUUGGUCUCUAGGUACAUCCAAAAUGCAUUUGUUUUUUCUUUGUUUAGGUUAAAUAGAAAAAAAUGUAAACGUUUUUUUUUUUACAUAAUGAUUAGAACUCGGAUCCCCAAGGAUGAUAAUAGGCAUAAUAACUAUUAGAUAUAGAUAGAGUUAUUUAGCAUAACAAAUAAUACCAGAACUUUAAAAAGCUAUCAUUUUGAAAUUUAAUCAGUCCGCUUAAUUCUGACUUCACCAUCGUUUUUAAAUUGGCAAUAAACAUGUAUGUUCAAAAAAAAAAAAAUUUAAAAUUAUAAUUUUUACAUAAUUUUUAACUAAAACGAUUUUCGUCAAAAUUUGAUAUUAAAAUUUCCUUAUAAAAAAACAUUCUACAUUAAACUUAAUUUUUUUUUUACUACCUUGUAAGACUUUUAAUAAACCUCUCGUUAAAUUUUUAAACACUUCUAUUCAAGUCUAACAAUUUUACCGAAUACUUACCGAAUAAAUAUUACGUAUAAAAUAACUCGAAAUUAAUAUGUCUAUAAAUACCUCAAAAAGACAAAUAUGAGUUUUCUGUCCGAAUUUCAAAUCUCUAUAAAUAUUUUUAACUGAAUUACAACAAAUAAUAAAUGCAUUAUUUUCGGAAAUUGUCUGUUUUUCUUACGUUUUAUCCGGGUUUUUCCCAGAUAUUAUGAAAACCACUUAAAAAAUCAAAAAAUGACCUCCCAAAAGUUCCAUCUGGACAAUAUUUCCUUUUAGAAAUGGUGCUAAGCAUAAAUUCCAGAUGAAGAUUAAUAGUAGAAUUUGUAUACACAUUAUAAAAAAAUAAUAAUAAUAAACAUCUUAGUAAAAUCAAUACAUUCUUCGCUACACUCAAAAUCUAAAAUAACAAAAAUAAUGAUUAAUAAAAUUUAGAUGACCAAGUCCAAAAUUCUUUUAUUUUAAGCUGCGUUCUGUAAGUGGUUUGAUCCACAAUAUUUUCCAUACUAAUGUUUUCAUUUCUAUGAAUAUUUAAAAGUGAUAAGCCAGUUAGCCUCUGCUCAACAUUUUUUUUAUCAUAAAGUACGACUUUUAAUGAACCUCAUGUUAAAUUCUCAAGCAUUUAUAUUUAGUCUAACAAUUUUAUCCACAGAGUACCCAACUAGUACGUACAAAACUUGCAAAAUUCAAAUUUCUAUAAAUUGCUCAAAAAUUUUACCAUGUCAAUAAAAGGCAAAUAUGUCUUUCUGUCCAUAUGUCAAGUCUACAAACAAGUAGAAUAAUAAACGUAAUAAAUAUUUUUAACUAACAAAAAACAAAACUGAAAAUAAUAAAAGGAUUAUUUUCGUAAAUUUUCCCGUUCUUCUUACGUUUUAUCCUGGGUUUUCCUGAUAUUAUGAAAACUGAAAACUGCUUGGAAAAUCAAAAAAUGACUUUCCUAAAGUACCAUCUAGUCAAUAUAACAAUAUUUUCUUUCAAAAAGGUGCUAUACUUAUAUAUUGAAGUAUGAUUUCUGGUAGAAAUUUUUGUCACAAUAAAAAAAAAAAAAUAUAUUAUAAAUCCAAUAGGUAUAUUCUUUACAGAAUCUAAAAUUUAAAUUAACUUAAACAUUUCCAAAUUUGAUUCUAAAAUUACCUAAAUUAUUUUAUUAUAUCUUUGCAGAUCGAUUGUUCCUAUUUAGUUUUCCAUAAUUCUAUGUCACCUUUGAGAGAAUAUUUAUUGUAAUUUAUAAAUGAUAAGUGUUUCAUUCUUGUUUCAAACAAAGUAUUUCCAAGACCCAGAAUCAUCUUUUCGGCAUUUGAAACCAAUUGUAUUUUUACUUAUUUGUACUUAGGAACUAUAGAUAUUUUGUAUUACAAAAAACAACAUUUUGUCAACGCUUUUGCCCCCCCCCCUCCCUCUCAGGGACGCGCCUGUACGUACGAUUAUAAUAUUAGAUGCAUAAUAGUGCGCGAAACCGGUUACUAAAACGGGACAGUUCUGCGGUUUAGCGUAGCGCGUAACACGACAACGGUCGCCGUGCGGUAUCCCAUUGUUGAUGUUAGAGAAAUAUUAAUAACUGGCCGUGUGCCAUGCGCCCGUUUGUGUCCGGCAGCGCCUCGCGGACUCGUCUUCCCGGAUGUGCGCGGCAGUCUGUCUCCACGCGCCGCGUGAUCGGCACCGUGUGAAUUCGUCUCCGCUCGCGGUUAACGAUUUUUUGUUAAAUAUUUUUUUUCAUUUUUCCACCCCGGUCGUUUUCAAACGAUUUGGCGUGACAAUAAUUUACUAUAGUUCGUACUGUACAUGCGCAGUCUCGCUCCGUGCCCAGACGGUCCUGCGGUAUACAGAGUACACAGACGGAAGUACCUAUAAUUACAUAUUUCGUAUUGGUCGCCGACUAAUAAAUACGUAGGUAUUAAAUAUACUGAAUACAUAAAUAUUAGUUAUUAAGUAGGUAACAAGACGACCGGCAUGUAACGUUAAAAAUACUGUUCACUUGUUAGGUUAUUUAUGUGACUACAUUCAAAUUCAUUUAUUUUUUAGUCAGGAAAUCAACAACUUAAUGUGUUAGUAAUAAUUAGUGGAUCAAAAAACCUGAAUGUAUAAGCUACAGAUUAUCUUUUUUAAGGGGUUUGGAGCGCACCUAUAGUUUUCAUACAUUUUAAAUCAAUUAGCGGUGGAAAAUUAGUCAUAUCUCCCAAUGCCCAAUUUACGUUUUUAAAGUAUGAAUGCAUUUUUUAAAAUAUGUUUUAGUUUUCUGACGGAGCUGAUUUUAAAAUUACAGUUUUUAAGAUAGCCCAAAAUUCUGAUAUUUUUGAAAAUUCCGAAAAAACACCGAAUUGCAUUUGUAUUAAUCUUGGGUGUACCAAAUUUUGAUUUGAAAAUCAACUUUCUGAAAAACCCAGACAGUUUGUCAACAAAUCCUUACAUAUUUUAAAAAUUAAAAUCAAACAUUUGGAUUUAUAAUUUAUUUACCACCAUUUAUUGGUCUAAAUCUAAUACGUUACAUCGUCCAUAAAAACAGUCGUAUCCCUUCUCCUUAAACAGUACCAGGUGAUCCAUUAAUGUGGGCACACUCAUUAUCUCGGAAAGUAUUAACUUUUCCGGAAUUUUUUUUCCAGACCAUUUAAGAAACAAGUAGCUUUAUAAUUUUAUAUUUAUGUUAUUUUUGUUAUUCUUAUUUUUGGGGACAAAACCGCUACCUACUUUUGAUUUUCAAUUGGUAACCUCUAUUAAAAAGUCCAUAAAUAGAUGGAGUACUAGUUAAAAUUAAGUAUUGACAUUUUUUGAUUUCCGUCAAUCCGUUGACGAGAUAUUUCAUAAUUUGGAUUGGAGGAGAGUAUAGUGAUGGUGCACGCCGCGCGCUGUAAAGCCAUAUAAAUAAUAUUUCACUAUUUUCCUCCAACCCAAACUUAAAAGUAGAAUAUCUCAUCAACGAAUUAACGAAAAUUUAAAAUGUCAACACUAAAAUUUAUUUUAACUAAUACUCCAUUUAUGUAUGGAAUUUUUAAUAUAGGUUGCCAUUUGAAAAUCAAAAUUGGGUAAUGGUUUUAUCCUAAAAAUAACAUAAAUAUUAAAUUAUAGAGCUGUUUCUUUCUUAAAUGUUCUGGAAAACAAAUUCCGGAAAAAGUUAAUACUUUCCGAGAUAUUGAGUGUGCCCACUUUGAUGGAUCACCUGGUAUUGGACAGUAAAUAAAUGGAUAAUUUUUAUCGUUAAAGUAGUCAUAAAAUGGUAAAAUUAAUUUUUUAAUUUAACAAAAUUUGAGAAAAUUUGGUAAAACUGCUCCGACUAUCUUAAAAUGAAACCUAUAUCCAAACCUUUAAUAUUAAGGAGGUUAAUUUUAGUACCUAAACAGUAAACUAACUAAUAAUAAGUACUAACUUAUAGAUGUACCUAGUUAUUUGAUUUAAAUUAUAAUUGUUAAUUUUAGGACAAAUAUAAAUAUUAAUUACUUUAUAAAAUUAUACUAUAACUUUUUUAAGCCUGGGUAGUGGGUACCUGUUAUACAAUAUGACACAGUUUCCAAAUUCAAUAACAUUCUCCUUGGUAAAAUCCUAAAUACGCCACUGAUAUACGUCAGUAAUUAUCCUCAAACUCUUUAAUACCUAACCGAUUAAUAAUAUGAACUAUCAAUAUUUAUUCGACUAUAAUUAUAUUAUAAUAUAUAAUAAUAAUAUAUUUACUAUUUAGCGAGCAAUAUUUAUGUAGGCAAAUGCCCGCGGUAAAUAAUACGAGCCAAUAAUUGUUUCAAACCUAGUUUUUAAUCGAAAAUUCAAUAAAAUAGUGUUAGCUCCGUCACUGGUCAGUGGACUGAUUUUGUUUAAAGGGUUGCCUGCAAAUCAAAUAGAUAAAUAUCACUCACAACUACGCCACUGACUGCGUAUAAAAAUAUUCGUAUUAUAUUAUUAUUAUAUUAACUUUAACCAUACCCAAAAUUUAAGGCUACGUCACAUAUUUUUACACAUACAAUGCAUAAAUAUACAAAUUGUAUUAAAUAUCAAGUACGCUUGUUGUGAAUUGAUAAAAAAAUGUAUAAUGAUUGAUAAUUUAAAUAGGCAUUGGCUAAUAAUAUAAUAUUUUUUUUUAUUUUGUGUUUUUUAUAAUUUUUAAUUAACGUAUACACAUGUUAUGGCGAUCCCUAAUCUUGUUUUUAAUCAAAUAUAAUUGCACAUUAAUUUAAAUAUUUUAUGAGUACUUGCCGAAUUAGUAUUUUGUUAAUUAACCGCGAAUUUGUAUAAGUACCUAUUCGCUUUUAUAGUUUAACAACACAUAAUUUACUUGUUUAUAAAUAAAUUAUUAGUAUAGGUACCUAUACUACUCGUAAUAUAAUUUUUUUUUUUUUACAAAAAUAAUUUGUAGCUGAUAACUCGAUCGGAGUGCCAGGUGCCUAUAGGUAUAUAAAAUUUAUAAGUUUACAGCUACAAGUUACCUAAAUAAAAUGUAUAUUACGUUUGAAAAACAUAUAGUAAUAUUUUGUGAAGUUUCUUAUUUUUUUUUUCUGAUUUAGACAGGUAAUGUGCAAAUUUACUUGUAUAGAUUACGUUUUCUAUGAUUAUAAUAAUUAUUACCUGUACAUUAUGAUGUAUUAUUUUGUUCGACUAUAGUGUACCAAAUAAUUUACCUAGUUGUAUACAGAGUGAUUAAUUUGUUAUAAUUCAGCGAUUUUCUCGGAGGAUUUUAUAAGUAAAUUUAAUUUCUGUUUUUUUUUUUCGAUCUUUAUCAUGUAAUUUUUUAAAGUUUAAGCAUUAUUUUAACACUGUUUUCAUAUUAUUUUUCAUACUUCUAACACAUUAAAUGAGUAGAUACUUAUAUACUUUUGAUUUUCAAAGAGAAUUCCUCACUCCUUUCAACACAGAUUAAAAAAAUUUUAAUAUUAUGCAUAACAUUAUAAUAUCGGAUAUACCAUAUAUAAGUUAUAAGUUAAUAAUAUUUUAAAAUUCAAAUCAAAAAAGUAAAAAUACCUUAUCAAUAUUAAGAUGAUAACCCUUCCUUACAUCUCGGGCUCAAAUUUGAGACUAUGUAACUCAUUAAUGGUAAAUCCAAUAUUAGUGUUGUGUUUGUGCAUAUAAAUAAAUGUUUCGAACCAUAUUCUGUUUUUGAAUCUGCCAUGAGAGGGAGAUUGAAAAUCAAAUGCUUAUUUGUGUUCAUCGUGGUGUAUGUACAAAAUAAGUGUACAUUUUAAAAAUAUUGUAAACGAUUCUAUAUAAUGAAUGAAAUAACCAAAAUCAAUUAUACUCGGUAAUUUAGUAGAUAAAGUAGAUGUAGUAAAUUAGAUAUAGUGGAUCGCGGAAACUAAAAAUCCAUUAUAUAUAUAUAUAAAUAUAUAUUAGUAUCACUUACUUUAUCUUUAUUAUCUAUUGAGUCAAACUUAACUUAGACACAGUUCAUAAUAUAUAGUGUCCAUACACAUUAUAAUAAUAAUUAUAAAUUAUGAUGCAAUCAUAUUUUUUUUCACAGUGACAAUGAAUACAACUCGGUUGAACCACAAUAUUAUUAUAUGUAUGGUGAACAUAAUAAUACUUAAACUAGACGGCGGUACCUAAUCAUUUAAAUUGCUUAUAGUUUUUAGAAUUAGAUAGUAAUAUUUCAAAAAAAAAAAAAAAAAAAAAAAAAUAAUGAACAAUAAUGAUAAUAUGACGAGAAUAUAAUAAUAAGCCCUCCAACACGACUAGAAUCAUAACACGCGCAUCUGAAACCAUCUAACGUUAAAAUGUAUUUACCUACCUAUCUAAUACAUAUUCUUGUUAGAACUAUAAUAAUAUUAUUACGAUUAAAAUAUACAAAUAAUAUUCGUUAUAAGGUACAUAAAAAAUUUAGACUAAUAUAAUAAUUUAAAUUAGGCGAAUCGUGCGUAUGCCAACAAUUGGUCACUGCUAAAAGCUAUGCCACAGGUAUGAAAAUGAGACUUAAAGACUAUAAAAUAAAUUAACGUGUAAUGAUUGAACUCAAUCUAACCCGGGAACCCUCUCUACACCACAAUUCAAGAUUCGCUGAUUCAUAAGUUACAAAACAGAUAACCAAUAAGACCUUCCGGAUAAGUUUUUUCUUACACAUUUAUUUAUUAGUACACAAUUGAAUAAUACAAUGUAUUACGUUAAUACUUAUAAUGUUUAUAACUGAUACAGUAAAAGUAGAAUAGAUAAAAUAAAAAUAUUAUCCAAGUUGAUACAAUGUAAUGUUUUUAAAAAUAUCGUUAUUUGGAAAGAGAUUUAUCGACCCUCCGUCAUAAAGAAAAAAAAAUUAUAGUAAUGGAACGGUUAAACAAAAAAAAAUAGUAAGGGAGCCGUGUUCUGCCCAAUUCGAGCAUAGAACACGCUUAAUCAUUGGCGUGACUAAGAAUUUUCAAUGGGAGGGGGGGUGUAACAAAUGAGUGUCGUGAAUAAAUCAUAAAACCGUUUUCUCUACCCAACUCGACUAUGGGAAUUGGUAAUUUAAAAAUCGGAUUCUAAAGAAAACCUAAUUCUAAGUCAACACAUCAAGCUUUUUUUCGUCACUUGGCUGAAAUAUAGUUAUAUAUAUAUUUCGAUAUUAGAGUACACAUAGCUGUUUGUAUUUUCAAGUGAAUAGAGAGGGAUAUAACCCUUUACCCCCCCCCUCCCAUGCGCACGCCACUGACCUUAAUCAAAGACUUUUGAGAAAAAUCAACAAUACGCAAGAAUAAUGAAACGUAUUAUUUAAAAGGGAUUUUAAUCAUUGAGAAAGAGUUUAGUUAAUAUAAUAUUCGCACGAAUCUAAAACGAUAGAUAAUUAUUGUAGGUAUAUUUUAAAUUAUAAUAUAUUGUUUUGAUCGAGAAAAUAUUAUAAAUUUAAAUUUCUGAGAAGCUAAAAACGAACACAAACCUUGUUCCCAUAAAAUAUACAGUGUACACUGGUGCACAAAUAUUAUUAUUAUAUAACAGUUCAAGUUCGCUACUGCAAAUUACUCAAAUGUAUUUUAUACAGGUAUACGAGAAUGGUUUUGUACAAUAUCGUUUUACAUCAUUAAAAUCAAAAUUCGAUUAUCAGUGUAAAAUAUAUAAUAUAUAUGUAACACAUUAUACAUGUAGUACAAGCGUAAAAUAAUGUAGGUAUUUUUACUAUCGAGCGAUUAAAUAAGAACCGAUAUUGCUGCCUGAUGUGUUAUUUUUCAAUAUUAAUAUAUUUAAACAAGUUGAUUUGUAUCCCAUGUAUAUUAAGUACCUUUUACGAUACAUAUGUCUCGUGUACGUACGUGUUUUAUGUUUAACACAAUCGUUUUCGUAAUUAGAUUAUUAUACAACACUGUAAAUUCCAAAAUAGGUUUUUUAUUGUUUUUUUUUUUUUCCAUAACUUUCCAUAAUAUAAUGUCCCGCGCGUUAUUAUUGUUAACAAUUAUCAUUGAUAAACGAGGAGCGAGCACACUUCGAAUUACCUUCUAAUUUGAUCGCACAACAUUUAAUAGCCUAUUUAUCAGUUUCUUUCCGUCCCGUCGCUCACCAAUUAAACGAGUGUGUUUUAUUCAAUAAUUUUAUAAUUAUUGUUUUCAAAUUAAUUACCUAUAUUAUAUGAUGUCGAGUUCGUCAUCCGAAUGAGGGGGAAGCGAUUAUCGUCGCCUAUCAAUUAUAAUAUAUAUUGUAGUGUUAUGGAGAGGUAGGUGGAAUAUUAUUAUAGAACACGAUUGUGAAUAUUGACACAUAUACAUAUUAUAAUGAGAUCAUUUUCAGAAUUUAUCAAAUGCAAAUAGAAAUGGGAAAUAAUUGAAAAUAGAUUAAAAAAUUAAAUCUACUUAAACUGUAUUUAUGUAUAUAUAAUAUAGCCGCUAGUAUAGAAUAUUGGUAUUAGGAUAAUUAAUUUUUAAAACAUAAUUAAAUAUAUCUUUGGUUAUACAGUAUAAUAUAUGAUUUAAAUUUUUUAAAAUUAAAGACGUACGUCAUCGUAACUAGUAUAAAUAUCCCUAUAAUUUGUAAAGAAUAAAGAUAAACAACUAUUUUAUUUUACCACAUACAUAUAAUUAAUAACUAUUAUGCAUAGUGUUGAAAAAAUUAUCACUUAUCAUUGUGGAUUGUCUUAUUUAAAUAUAUAACAUACUAUACAUGUUGAAGUACUUAUGUUGCACAAUUUUAAUUUGUAGUUUUUUUAAAACACGUAACUUAUUAAACGAUUUAUUAAACUGAUAUAAUGUACUUACCUAAAUACACAGGGUCUUCCAAAUUAUAUAUUAUAGUUUUGAGAGUGAGAAGGAGGAUAUAUUCUACUUUCAAAAAUGUAACAUAAACUUUGGAAGAUCCGUAUACUAAUAACAUUAAAAUAUAAAAUUAAAAUGUUUCAGUUUUUGUUUAUGUUUUUAAUUUUAAAUAUUUAAACGAUAACAUCCAUUUCAGUUUUAGAUUCUGAAAAUAACAAGUUAUAAGUCAUAAGUUUUUAUGAAUAUGAAUUUUUUUUCUUGGAAAAAAUCUUAACGGUUAGUAAAAAUUCUCUUAUUUUUUUGACUGGUUGUAUUUUACUUAAAACAUUUAUAUCGAAAUUUUUAGCAGUCCAUUCUCUAGGUGCGUUGUUUUAACAUUUGAGUUAGCUUAACAACAUGAUAUGAAAAAACACGACUAAUACACUACUUUGCUCAGAUUCGUUUUUCGUUUGCAAAGAUGUAUCGUUCCCAAAUACCAUAUAAUUAACUUCAAAUUUGUAUCAAAAUUAUUUAAAUAUAGCAUGUACUAUAAAAACUCAAAAAUAUCGUUCAAAAUAUUAUUGCCUAUUAAAAAACAAAGUUAGGAAAGUUCUCUAUGCGGGAGUGUGAAAUUUCCGGUUUUUAAACCUAUUAACAAUAAAUUAAUAUACAAUUUUGAAAAGACGUGGUAACUAUUAUGUACUAGAUAACCAUAUAGGACGGAUAUAAUAGAGUUUAAAUAAAUUGUUCUAAACUCACAUUUAAAAACUUAAAAAGCAUCAUAAUUUAAUCCAUAUUAUGUAACGUUAUGUACGUUGUGAAACGUAUACUUUGUGCUUAGGUAGAUAAUAUACAUACAUAAAUACAUUUUAUGUGAUAAUGAUUUACCUAACCAAUCAUAACAUAAUACAAAUCUCAUUAUCUGUUUUAUUGAUAACCUGAAAAUAAAAAUGUAUAAAUUGAUUUAGAUUAUUAUAAAUGUUAGUUAAUAAAAUCAUCUCUAGUUUCUUUUCACUAUUGCCGCUAACAAUAAUGAAACAAAAUAAAAUACGAGAUAACAAAUUACAGAGAGUUUUAUUUGUUGAGAUAUUUAUAUAACCUUUUCUAUAAAAUUUAUAAAUAUGUUAAAUUAUAUGAACGUAUACAAUGUUUACUAAAUAUGACAAACAACUACGUAAGUAGAAAUAUGUUUUGGGUAGGCCUGAUCAAAUAAUAUUGAUGAUUGGGUAGUAAAGUAUUAGUAGUAUUGUAUUAGUAUUCUAUUAAUAUAAUUUUAGACUCUGAGUGAAGUGAGGAAUAUAUUGGUUUUACAGUGAUGUUUAUUUUUUUUUUUUAUGUGAAAUCUUUUUCUACCAAAAAGCUUACUCUAAUCAUCAAGUAUAGAACCUUAUCUGAAAGGAAAUAUUCUCUGGGUGAUAUUUUAAAGAGGUCAUUUUUUUAAAUUCUCAUUAAAAAUCAAGAUAAUGAGGAAAACUUGGUUUUUUAGGUUAAAAAAGAUUGGAAGAUUAAAAAUAAGAUUGUCAUUGGCAACCUUUUAUUUAUUUUUUGUUAUUAUUAAGUUUUUAUUAUUUUAAUUUUUUUUAAACAAUCAUUGUUGUCAUGGAAACGCAAAUUAUUGAAAAUAUAAUACUAUAGACCGAGCUAUAUUAAAAUUAAAAUAAAUUUCGAUUUCAAUACAUUCUUUUAACUAUUAAUCUUUAUAUUAUAUUUCUCUAUUUUAUACUUAAGUAUUACUGAACUCCGCACAGAAUCGUUUUUUCGUUAGAAAUGGAUUAUCAUUGCUUACAGAUAUACAUUCAAUUAUCUUCUGUAUCCUACCUUCCCAACUUCCCACCUACAACAGUGACUGCACCCACGUUCGAAUUAUGUGCGUCUUGGAAAUUUAACUUUUUUUAGUAAUAGAACUUUUUACUUUUAAUUACCACAAUGUAUUUUCUCAUACAGUUAUUUUAAUAUUAUUAAUUAUUUUAUAAACAUAACUAUGUUUUUUUUUUUUGUGCAACAUGAUAUACAAUAAAUAAAUCUGAUAAGUACAAUUACCAACAAAAACACACAUUAUUGAAAAAAUUACCAUUGACUUAUAAUAUUAAAAAAAUAUUAUUAAUGAAAAUAACUUAGUUAGUCAAUUACAUACACAUUUGAGCGUUUAAUUUCGCUUAGGGCCUAAAAUUAGUGUUGACUUGACUUACGCUAUGUAGUUAACAGUAAUCAUUUAUUGUAACCCAUCUAGGAUAGUCAAAAUAACUAAUAAUUUUUGUUCAAAUUAACUUUAUACAAAUAUAUUUACAACUACAUCACUAUUGUUAACGCAGCUAUAUUAAGGAGUUAAAAUAACUUCUGAUUCAGUUGUUAAUAUGCCUAAAAAAAAAGAUUCAAACAUUCUACAUGGUUGUCAGGGAAUCGAACUCGAGCUAGUUUAGUAUUUAAACACAUUAAUUUUCGUCACCAGACAUUUUUCAUUUUAUACCUGACGCCAUUCCUUAUUACUAUAUGUAUUUAUUUUGCAAGUUAUAUCUACUUACUGUAUUGUUGAGGUAUAUUAUAUUUUACAUAAUAUUGUUGCUGCGAACCGUUCAUAGAUUAAAUAAAUUCAUAAAUACGCACGUGUGCCUUACCAACCAUACAUUUGGGGAGGGGGUUGAACCCCCAAAACCCUCCCUUAUGAUGCAAAAUAACAAUAGGUGUUGGCUGUAUUAUUAUAAUGCAAUAUGGUCAAGUGAGGUACUGUUUAGAAAUGUAUAACGUAAUAAUAUAUGAGCUUUUAUAAACUUUAGUAUAUAAUCACACUUCUGAUUGGUGGUAAUUGGUCGAUGAUAACGAUACACACGCUCUUACAUGCAAUCGCAGACCGCAGUGAUAUUCUCGACUUAUUGAUAGUUUUUCGAUUGGAUCUUAUAGAAUAUAGAAUCUAAAUAUAAUUCUGUAAAUAUUUAUUUUAUACGCCUUGAGGUCUCCGGGUGUUGGGAUUACGUGUGUGUGCAAUCUGAAACAAAAUCGUGUUAAUUUAUAAGUAAAUGUUAAAACGUGUACACUAAAUUUUUAUGUCAUUAUUAGGACGUAGUAUUAAAUACCUUGAAAAUCGAUUAAGUCUGUAUGAAUAUAGAGCUAUGUCCAAAAAUUACUAAUUUAUAUGCAGUUAUGUCAAGGGCGUAGGUAAAGAGGGAGGCAUUCGAAUCUCCUCAUUUCGAAAUUACUACAAAAGUUUAAUUCUUUUUUUUCACUCUCGAUCCACUUAAAUUACAAAUAAUUUUUACUGAGUUCUCCCUCCUAUAGGUAAUUUAAACUUAUAUUUCUGAAAUACGCCCAUUUUGAGGUAUACUAUGGUUUUUUUAUUUUUUUUUCUAAUCUAAAAUUAAGGUACGUAAUAAAUGAGUUUACGAGUAUAUGUAUAAAUAUCUUUAACGAUUACUUUGUAUUUUUUAAAAGUGGUUUACUACUAUAUCAAAAAAAAAAAAUACAAAAAACAUAUGAAAUAAAUGUGCCCUAAUUGUCUGUGCAAUGCCACAACGGAAACAAAUUUUCUGGAAGAGGGAGGCGGUUAAAUUAAAUCAUUUAUUAUGUUUACUACUGAAGUUUGUUUUAGUCUAUACAACAGUUAUUGAGUUAUACUAUAUAGAUUAUAGGUAUUCGACAAGUUGAAAAAAUUUCAUGGGGGGAGGGGAUAAACUACUAAUAUACUUACAUCCCUGAAAAUACUGAAUUUACUGUAGUAUUGUAUUUAUAUCAACCGUGAUAAUACUUUUAAUUGUUUUGUUUUUUAUUUUUGAGAACCCUGCACGAAUAUCAUCAGUGAUCAUCAUCGUCGCCACCAUGGCGAUUUUCUCGUCGUGGAAAGCCGUACGGUGCUCGGUGACAGUGGAACCAAUGCUGUUCUUUUACUUCCUCGCCACCGUGCUGUCGUCGACCAUCGGCUCCAACUUGUUGUUGCACAAGGGAUGCGACCCUAACGCGACGGUGGCACCAGACUUGUAUACCACGCCCAACUGCUUGAUGGAGACGAGCGCCCAACACGGCGUGUCCAUCGUCAACGUGUGGAAGAACUUGAUCCAGGAAAUUCUGUCACUGAUUUUCAUCGUGUUCGCGGGCCCGUGGAGCGACAACCACGGCCGCCGCCGUAGACCGCUGAUGCUCGUGCCGCUUUUCGGACAAAUCUUGUGCGACAUACUGAACAUAGUGUUCACCAUUUUCUGGCAGGUGUCACCCACCGUCACCGGUAUCACACAGUCCGUGAUCGUGUCUACUUCCGGUUCGUUCCAUUGUUUCCUUAUUGGCGUAUUUGCGUACCUAGCUGAUGUGACUGACGAGUCCAAUCGCACAAUGAGGAUUGGAUUCGCGGCGGCUAUUCUCCCAUUGGCAGCCACCGUGGGCGCCCUGUCCGCAGGCUACCUGAACGUCAUAAUCGGUUUCAUCGGCGUGUUUGCUCUGAACAUCGGCAUAAACUUAAUUGCACUGUGCCUGGGUCUCGUGUUUGUCUACGACACUUCUGAACCGUACAAGCCGGUGGGUUCAAUAUACAAGAGUACGUUCAACCCGGAAAUCGUCAUCAAAAGUUUCAAAACAGUGUUGGUCAAACGUGAUCAUCAUAAGAGCUUCAUACUUAUAUUGAUGAUCAUCGCAACGCCAUUAACGGGUGUUCCUUUUAUCGGUAAGAACCGUAUAUGCUGCCAUCACAUAUCGUUGGUGAAAAUAAUGCAGACGGUGUUUAAAUAAACAUCAAAUGUACCUAAGUCCCUUUGAAAAUGAAACUCAAGAGUACAAUUAUUUGGAAAAUAAAUUUUUUGAUACAGUAAUUUUAUUGGAAAAUAAAUAAGAAGACAAUUUAAAAAAAGGUUAUACUGCUGAUCAGUGUGCCGUUGUUGUAGGUGGGAUCUUGGGAAGAUAGGAUAAAUAAAGUUAUUUAACAUCUAUAUCUGUACACAACGAUUAAUCAUUGUUGCAGACGAAGUAAGAUUAUGAGCAAAAUUCGUUUAAAUAUGUUUGAAAUGUCGUAAUUCUUACGAUUUUCAUCAAAAUUUGAACUUAAAAUUCUUAUAUACAAUACGCUUAAUAUUUUUUUUUUACCGCUAAAUAUAACUUAUAAUAAACCUUGUGUAAAAUUUCAAGCAUUUCUAUUCAAUCAAACAAUUUUAUUGAUAUAUAGCCUAAACAAAUUCGAAAAUGCCAAAUUAAUAGAUCAAAUUCGCCUGAAUAUUAUAUUGAAAUUUGUGCCGUGUCUAGAAAAUGCUGAUAUAAGAAGUAUUCAACGUAAAUUUCAAGUUUCUAUGAUUAUUUUUAUCCGAAUUACAACAAAAAUAAAUUCAAAUAUAAUAAAACUAUUUAUGCAGAAACCUAUCUCGUUUUCCUACGUUUUUCCAAUUAUUAAAGAAAACUAUACACGGAAAAUAAAAAAAAUGACUUUUCAGUUCAUCAAUUAGAUCCAAAACUCUACAAUACAGUUCUAUUGUCGUUUUUUGAAUAAAACUAAUAGAAAAAUUGUUACAGACAAAACAAUCUAUUUAAAAAAAAAUCGUACAUAUAGUAGAACCAAUACAUUACUCGUUUUACUCAAAAACUAGAAGUGAUGAAAUAAAAUCGAAAAUCAUAAAAACAAAUGCACCAGAAAACAACAUUUUCGAAAAAUGACUUUGUUGGGUAUUUAAAUUAUUAAAACGACAAAGUUUCUUGAAAGUUACAAAAACUGUAACGUUUCUAUAAAAUAGAAAGUUUACUGUGGAAACGUUACAUUUUUUUUUUUUUUUUUUUUGCUGAACUAUUAUUUUUCAUUCAUUUACGUCUUUAUAUACAAAUGUUUGUGUUCAUUACUUUACACUUUGAAUAUGCGUUAUAAUAUUAAUAUUUUGCUGCCAAAAAAGUCGAACAAUAAAAUACUGUCAUCAAAAACCACAUAAUAAAAAAUAGCAUUAUAUACUUGUAGUAAUAUGUAAUAUGUCUGUAUAAUUAAUAUAUAUAUAUAUAUAUAUACAUUUUUUUUCAUUUGAAUGUAUUUAUUUAGGCGAAGUGUCUUUAAUGUACCUAUAUUUGAGAAAACAGUUCAAUUUUAAAGAAAUUGAAUUCAGUUUAUUCAACGCGUAUACUUUGGUCAUAAUGCUAAUAGGUAAGAUUUCCUUCAGUGCUUGUAUUAUUAUUAAUAAUUUUCAAAUUUUUUGAUCAUUUUAUAACAAUAAAAUCAUUUAUUAUAGGUUCUCUAUUUACUCUUGGAGUCCUGAGUCGUUUAUUCAGGAUGAAUGAUGCAUUGAUCGGUUUGAUUGCUACGAUCUUUGAUAUUGCAACUGCUGUCGGAUUUCUUUUAGUGACUCAAUAUAAUUAUUUGCUAUUUAGUAAGAUAUAGUUAUACUUACAAGUUUAAACCAUCCAUUUUAAUUAAUAAAUAAUUACGUUUUUAUUGAGAUACAAUCAUUUUUAAGAAAAAUAUAAUUUGUUAUUAUAUUAUAGUACCUCCGUUAGAAUUUUUCCGUGGUGCAGCGUUGUCUCUCGUGGGAUCUAUAGCAUCGAAAUGUGUGGACCCCCACGAAUUAGGUAAGGACAUUAUUUAAAAUUACUGUAGAUAAUAAAAAGUGAUAUAAAUUAAUAAUAAAUAAAAUAAUUUUGUAAUUAUAAAUUUUCCUACCUAGAAACCAUUGUGAAAUUUGAUGAAUUAAAAUAAUAAUAUGUUAUGUAUAUAGGAUCCAUGAACUCCGUGAGAAUGGUCAUAGAAAAUUUAUCAAAAAGCGCCAUCUUACCGUUGUAUAAUAUAGUUUACAACAAUACUCUGGAAACUAUGCCGAACGCUUUUUUCAUCAUAACUAUAUGUUUAACAACUCCACUAGUCGGUAUUUUUGCGUAAGUUUUGAUAUCAGUUAUAAAAUGAUUUUUUUUCAAUUAAGUGAGCGGUUAAAACUUUAAUUAAUAUGAAUUUUAGGACGAUUUAUUGUUACACCCGAAAUCAAGUAACGACAACCCAGGAAAACGACAAACCAGAAAAAAAACCAUCGAACAAUCUCAAUACUAAUUCUAGUACCGAGAUGACACGUUUAUAAAACAAAAUUAUAAUGUUAUUUAUAACGUCUAGAUAUCAUGACAAUUGAAAAAAAAAAACCAUUUAAAAUUCUUAACUAUUUGCUCAAUUUAAUAUUUUAUGCAUUAUCUGUAGAUUUAAAAUAUAAUGCGCACACAUACGCGGUCAUCCAUAAUCAUAGUUAAUUCAAGGCCGUUUCCUAAAUAAACGCAAUAGUUUUUGAGUUCGUGUUAUUCAUUCUCAAAAAUACAAAAAAAAAUGUUCAGUUUAAUUGAAGUCCCAAAAAUUUAAAUAUUAAUAAAAAUAAUACACAUUUAACAUAAUAACUGCAGGACAUGUACAUUAUUCUGAUCAACUCGUAAUUUCUAAACACUAGACAUUUAUUAUCCGCCAUCAUAACUUCUACCUAUAUUUUGAGGAUACUACAAUAAUUAACUAUGUACAUAAUAUUAUUAUUUUACUUGUACGUUUUUGUAUUAU